CAAGUAUCGACUACUUCUUCAAGUCCAGACACAUCUCUCCAUCCGCUGCACCUCUUCUUCACUUCACUUGACCCUUCUGUCAGCUGCAGCUAGAUCACUAACCGCGUCCCGUCACAUCACCUGCUGUCUCGAAGUUUCCGAUCACUUCAAAGGCAAUCACGAGCGACUGGCACCACCUCCUGCCCAUGAACUUGCGACACCAGACUUCCACACCACCUCCAAACACUUUCCACCUCCACCACCUGCUAUACGACCGACGGUAGCUUCACCGCCGCCAACUCGCCCGCAAUGGCGACCAAUUUGACUGUCUCGCUCUUCUUGCCCAACACUAUCUCCUUCAACGAACUGCCCGCCAAAGAGCGCCGCCGAAGUCCGCCAUUCAAGUUGAGUCAGCGCAUCAGCUCCACCAAUGACCUCUCCAACUCGACGACGAGCCUCCUCAAUGGCCAAACAGCGCCCAUGACGCCCACCCUCGAAAAGGCAAUCGCCAACGAGCAAUUUUUCACACCCGGCUCCAUCGAUGCCGCCAAGCGACUGUUUGCCAGACCAGGCGACCCACGCUCCCUCCUCCGCAAUGAUGUACAUGCCGAGUGGGGUUCACAAGCCAUAUUUAACCAGCCGCGAUCUCGUGCUGGUCCUCUGCCUUCAGCUUCCAUACAGGACUUUGCCUCUGCAUAUGACAGGUACCGUGAAGAGGAGGACCGGAACAAGAGAACAGCAGCAAAGAAAGUCACGAGAGGUUCACCUUCCCAACUCCAGGCCAGUCGCUCGGGCAGCUCAGAAAGAGGUUUUGAGGGCAGACCAUUCACUGUGCAGCCGGCCGUCCAUGGCAACGGCGGUCUGGUGAACGCAGUUCGAGAGGUGUCCGACAUCGAUCCUGCCAACGAUCAGCCAGUCGAUACCACGUGGAUUGGCACCCUCGGUAUGCCCACUGACGCUCUGCCGGAGAGCACCAAGGAAGAGAUUCAUGACCGACUGAUCAACGACUAUCAUUCCGUGGUCGUUUACUGCAGUGACAAGGACAUCGACGGUCACUAUGCUCACUACUGCAAGACCAUCCUGUGGCCCAUCUUCCACUACCAGGUCCCAGAUCAUCCCAAGAGCAAGGCCUAUGCCGAUCACAGCUGGGAGUUCUACCGAAAUGUGAACAGGGCUUUCGCCGAUCAGGUGAUAGCCAGCUACAAGCGCGGCGAUACGAUCUGGGUGCACGACUACCACCUGCUUUUGGUCCCUGGCAUGGUGAGGGAGAAGCUGCCUGAUGCUAAGAUUGGUUUCUUCCUCCACACCGCAUUCCCGUCCUCCGAAGUCUUCCGAUGCCUGUCGACGAGAAAAGAGCUGCUCAACGGUAUGCUUGGCGCCAAUCUCAUCGGUUUCCAGACCGAAGAAUAUGCCUCCCACUUCCUUCAGACAUGCAGCCGGUUGUUGGCUGUUGAGACCACUGCCGAGGGUGUACAAAUUGACGAACACUUUGUCAAUGUGACGUGCGUCCCCGUCGGCAUCAACCCACCACUCUUCGAAGAGACUCUCGCCAAUGACGAGGUUCAAGAGUGGGUGGCAACCAUCAAGAAGAAGUACGAGGGCAAGAAGCUCAUUGUUGCACGGGACCGCCUCGACCACGUGCACGGAGUCCGUCAGAAACUGCUGGCGUACGAGCUGUUCCUCAACAGAUAUCCAGAAUGGCGCGAGGAUGUUGUCAUGGUACAGGUGGCAACAUCGACCAGUGAGCAAUCGGAACUGUUAGCUACAGUCUCUGAUAUCCACACCCGCAUCGACUCCGUGCACAGCACUCUGGCGCAUCAGCCGCUGGUGUUCCUCAAGCAAGACAUUGCAUUUGCCCAGUACAUUGCUCUGCUGACAGUGGCUGACGGACUAAUGGUAUCCGCUCUUCGAGACGGCAUGAACUUGACCCCGCACGAGUUCAUCUACUGCCAGGAUGGUCGAGGAGGCGAGAAGAAAUAUGGACCACUCAUUCUGAGCGAGUUCACCGGCAGUGCAGCAGCUCUUGGGAAAGAAUUCAUCUCCAUCAAUCCUUGGGACUUCUCGGGCAUGGCCGAUGCGAUCAAGCAAGGUCUGGAGAUGAGUGACGAAGAGAAGAAGCGUCGAUGGGAGGUUUUGCACGACAUUGUCCUCAAGAAGACUGGUGCCAACUGGAUGCGGGAAUUAUCGAGACAGCUCGACACCGUGUACGAGGAGCAUCACCAGCGAGCUUCUGCAUCAGUGCCACGUCUCAACGUCUCUGCUCUGGCCGACAAAUACAAGGACUCAGAGCACCGCCUCUUCAUUAUCGACUACGAAGGCACCCUUGCCCCGCAUCGCACGACCUCUGGGGUUCCAUUAGGCUCUCCACAGCGCGUCCUUGACACUUUGAACGAUGUCAUGACCGACCCCAAGAACGUAGUGUACGUCAUGUCUGGUCGCAAGCCAGACGAGCUGGAGAAUCACUUCCGCACACUUCCCAAGGUCGGACUGAUUGCCGAGAAUGGUUGCUUCGUUCGAGAGUUCGGAGUUGAAAACAAUGAAUGGACUUCGUUCGUCGACCUUAAGGAAGUCGCAACGUGGAAGUCUCAGGUCCGAGGCAUCCUCGGCUACUACUCGGAUCGCCUCGAAGAUAGCUACAUCGAAGAGCGACAUUGCAGCAUGCUGUUCCGAUACGAGAAGUCUGGCGACCAGGAAGCUGCGGUACGCUUUGCUGGUGAAUGCGCAGACCAGAUCAACGGCGCUUGCAAGAGUAUGCGUAUUCGCGCCGUGCCCAUCAAAGGUGCCGUUCUUAUCGAGCAGGAAGACUUCAGCAAAGGCACUGCUGCGACCCACAUCUUUGACGCGCUUUGCAAGGAUAGCAAAGGCUUGUCGGCGCCUGACUUCAUGGUCAUCGCUGGAGACGAUCGUGAAGACGAGAUUAUUUUCAAAUGGGCAAAUGAGCUCGGAAAGGAUGGCAAGGUCAAGGAUGUGUUCACCGUCACCGUCGGCAAGCGCAAUACUGUGGCGCAGGCGACUCUUACUCAAGGCUCGACGGGUCUUCUCACCGUCCUGCAGCGUCUCGCUCAGAUCUCAAUUGACUCGCUGCCUCCGGACUACUUCGCCAUACCGAGACACAAGACGUUUCCUUCAUGAGCGCAGUCCGCCUCAUGGACGAAUCGAUCGUCGCUCCGAGGGUGCUACUGGCUGGCCGCGUCGCCCUUCUUCAGAGAGAUGUCUCGAGCACGUGAUCUGCUUGAUUGCCCUUUUCCACACACAGAAAUGCGAGAUGAUAGCGAAGAUACCCCAGAAAUUCACUUUGAGCAGGUUUGAUGAUAUUUGACCUUUUCUCCAGUCGUUGCACUUGCACCAUAGACGGAUUGAUCAGUACGCACGGGAGUAGAAAGCGGAAUUAUGUAGAAGUACGCAGCAAUGCAUGAAUGCCAUGACAUGCUACAGAGUCCUCAGUGCGAGUGAAUGUUUAACAUUACGUCUGCUUGAAUCCGCCUUCCCUGUCUUGCCUCCUGCGAAUGCUUCCUCUAGUAAGGAAUACCGUUCGUCAACAACUGGAAAUAAUCAUACACAGCCGUCGAAUUACUCCUCUCACUCCAAUGCACCAAUUUCCUCACAAACUCUGCCGCCUCCCUCUCACUCUUCUCCAACACAAAUCUCUCUUUGAAAUGCUGCAGCGUCUGGGGCUUGAAGCACGGCAAUCCCGAAUCCAGCAUGGUCAGAACGAUAUGACUCAGUUGUUCCACAUACUGUCGUGCAGCGAGGAAAACUUUGACGCAAAGUUCCUCGAAGUGCUUAUAAGAUUGCGAAUGCAAUCCACCCAUAACAGCAACCAUUUCAGGCGUAAGUUUGAAUGGAGCACGUUCGAAUUUCACGCCUCCGGGUGCGAUAUCGAAGCAGAAGCCAAAAUCGAUGUGUAAAAUGUGUCCAGCGUCAUCGACCAUGAUGUUUCCGUUAUGGCGAUCUUUGAAUUGGAGGAGGUAGGAUAUGAUACUGUAAGCAGCCAUGGAUUUGAUGAAGUUCGAACGCGCGACUUGAAAUUUGAUGCUGUCUUCGCUGCCGUAUUUGGAGACGAAGUAUUCGUACAAGCCGUUGACGGCUUCGCGGCCCAGCAUGUCGCGGGAAAUACUGUUGGGGAGGACAUCAAUGACGCCGCAGCCUGGAGCGGUGGCUGUAACGCGGUAGGGGAAGACGUAGACAUCCAGGCCCACGGAGUUAAAGAUUCCGCGGAAGGCGGCGAUGAGUUGGAGGGCGAGGACGUCUUGGCGGCAGUCGUCGCCGACUUUGAAGAUGGCGGAUUGCCAGACUUCGUACGUGCGUUUUUUGGCGACUUCUUGGGAGGAUGCGGAGUUCUCGGGCUCGGCUUCUUCCUUGCGGAUGCGAAACGUGGCCAUGAAGGGCGCUUUGGCGUGAGAUUGAAGAGGUUUGCCCGAUUUGCGGUCGAUACCAAUCACCACACCAUCAGGAUUGGAUGGAAGGUAGACACCUACGUCGACAUCGAUCUUGCGCAGUUCUUCCUCAAUCUUGGCCUUCUUUUCUGGCUUCGGACGCUUGAUGAGCGGCUUCAGCGUGCCGGAGAUGCCAGUGACCUUGGCAAAGAAGUCGAACUCGCGUUCAUAAAAGUCCUUGUCUUCGGGAAUGAAGCUGGCAAUUAACGAGUCCAUGACACGAUCGAAGACGGGCUUCGCUGGAUCAGGGACCUCGGAGUCUUCAUCUUUGUAGGCAUUCGCUUUCAAGUUCCAGAUGAUCUGAUGGGCGAACAGUCCAGAGAAGACUCCUGUUUCAACGAUGUACCUCUCGACAUAGCCGAGAGCAUCGUAUCGAAGUGUUUGCACAAUUUGCGGCACGUAGAAGAAGGUCACAUCGACAGAGUGGCUUUCCAACGCACGCACAGCAUAUUGUACAACCAAAGGAUGGUUCUUGUACGCCGGCAUGAAGUAUGUGACAGCAGCCAUCGGGUUGAUAGAUGCCCAGUACAGCAGAUACUUGAGCUGAGUCUUAACGUCUGCUGGCAACUCCGAUCCCAACAAGAUGUACAGGGCAUCUGGCUCAUUAAUUGCCUUCUCAGGUUGACGAAGUAAAUACUGUCGGAUGUUGGUCUUCAAAGCCGCAGAGUGUGGAAAGCGAGCGGCGAGUUGAACAGCAAUACGUGGGUCUUCCCGCCAAGCUGUGUCGAGCAAUCCAGAUAGGGCGCUCUCCUGCGUUUGCAACUCCGAAUGUGAAGGCGCGGCUGUGCCUGCAGUAUCCUGACCCAGCGGACCGAUCCACACUGUCAAUCUGCCAACUUCAUGCUUGAUGAGCUGUAGCAGAAGAGCCUCUUUUUGCUGCAAGGUCGGCAAGGCUUUCGUCGUUUUGGCGCCAAUUCCGCUGAGACUGGCGAGUCUGCUGGAGACAUCGCCGAGCAGCUUCCGCUCUGCUUUCAGCUGCAGCCUGUUGCUGCCAAACGACCAUCGUGGUGGGACGGCGAACCAGGCCAGACCUGCCGAGACCACGGCGUCUUUCAACCUCCAUUGAGUGGUCGUGCUAAGAUUCGUGCAGUACUCCAAAACAUUCAAGCCGAGUAGGAUGAUGUGGAAAUGCACUUCUCGCGCAAGGGGCUGCGUCAGACUCUUUUUUAUCUGGAACAAGGUACUGCGCAUCAGACGAGAAUACACUCGCUCGGUUGGGGCAGACGUCAAUCUGGAGGCACUGAAAUGGCUUGAAAGGAAGUGGGUGAGAGCCAAGUGAGGUGCGACCAGCUCUUGUGUUAUCUUCUCGCGCCUCUUUGUCUGCUCCCAGCUUGAUGGAGCGAACUCUUCUUUCAGGUAAAAAGGAUCCAAGUGAUGCAGAGACGUCGAGAAGAAGCCUUUGCCGAGGCGGAUUGAGGUCUCCCAGCCUGCGGCAACCUCGACCAGGACUCUCGACUCCAAGCUUGGGUUCUCUUUGAUUACACCGAGCCACAGAGAAAUGCCCAAUCUGAUGGACUGCUUGGUGAAGAUUGCGAACGGGAUAGCCACAAAGUCUUGAAUAAGUGCAACGCGGUCUGAUGCGCUUCUGCUGAUGACACCAGCUGCAUUGCGCAAUGUUGUGCCCACUUCUUCGAACCGAACAUGUUCGUUUCGGCGCAGGCGCAACGACAGGUUUCGUAGUUCUUGUGCUUCGUCCUUUUCAGCACUAUUCACAUCAAGCAGAGUUGGCCUUGCUUGGCCCUGGUAAUCAACAAGUGCCCAUUCGUUGUCGAAGUCAAGUUUGUUGUCGAUCUGGCGAUACUGCUGACGUGUCGUGUAUUGAGCAAUGAAGUCGGAAGCGGUAUUAAUUCCCACAGUCCUUUGGCUAUCCAGACUCGUCAAGCGCUGAUCACUCGCGGGAAUGAGCUCGCCCAUUUCGACAGCAAAUGAUCGGCCAAGUGCGAUAUGACCGUACGCACCGUCGUCCUCGUAGUCUUCGAGAUACGCUUGGAGAAUGCCUUUAACAUCGAGAGGCGCGACACGAAUGGCACGUGUGACCCAUGCCUUGCAUUUCUGGUAGAACGAUGAGAGUGUCGUUUGACGGAACUGAGCAUCAUCGGAGAGCUGGAUAGAGACAUUGGUCUUGUCCGAGGUGUACCGGGUUUUGAACGAAUACUCAUCUGUCUCUGUGUCGAGACAUGCUUUCCACAUUAGUGUGAGUAUCUCCAGCAAGGCAAAUAAUGAGGACUUCUGGCAUAGUGCAGAAGGAAUUUGGUUGAUAAUUCGGUCACAAGCGGCAACAGCAGCCACUUGCACCUUGGCAAUGCGGUGGCAGCAGCCUUCGAAGAAAGCGGCGAGCUGAACUGCCACUUGAGGUGCUGCAAAGUCUUGACGCUUGCCACGCAGAGCUUCUUGCAGAUAGGUCUCAACGUUGCUGCUGGACACGGCGAGCAUGCAAUUAUUGAGGGGCCCAGUCUUGACGCGACUCUCGAGAAAGUAUGGCAGCGCGGCAGUGCAGUCUCCUCCACGGGCACGAAGGGUGGAAACCAGCAGGGCCGCGUUAAGGAAAACGCACUCUUGGUAAUUCAGGUUUCGGAGGUCAGUCUCGCAUUGCGGCAAGGCAGUCUUCAAAGCAUGUCGCUGCGCAUCGAGCGCUCCAUCGCUCUUUCCUCUUCGCAGGACUGGGUCGAGGUCGAUUCCGCUGUCGGGCAUGUCCACUCUGGCCUCAUCUACCAACGGCAAGCUAUAAAGAGCGAUCGUUCGUAAAUCAUUUACGUGAUCCUUGACGUGUUGCGAGUUGAGGGUGUAGCCGUGUACGACAACGUUGAACCACGCGUCUCGGCCCAACGCACGCACUUCAUCCUCUUCUUCGAAGACAGGUGUCGUCUGCGUGUCGUGCGAUACAAGCAAUGCGAGUGGAUGGAGCAAAGAAGCGAUGACCUUUUGGACAGAGGAGGUGUCGACGCUC